GUGGGGGCUGAGACAACUAUGCCAUGCGUGAUUUCACAUCCGGCGUUCACGCACGCACAUACAGGCACACACGCACACUAGCGCGCACAUACAGGAGGACGCGUGCCAAGCGGUGGAAGAGGCAAGUUUCCAUAUUAUACUGGCGUGUGUAGCGGCGGCAACGGUUGGUGACCGCCGCUUUAAAAGACAUUCGUUGUCAUCUGAGGAGCGUUUGAGUAACCAUCGCACCAGCGAACCCAGCGCAUCUAUCCCUCUCCUCGUAUUAGCGCGACUGCUUCCCCCGUCGCCGGAAUAAGUCCCGUGUCAGGCGGCCGUGAGCGCCAAGCGCGUCUUUUUGUUUAAAAAUGACGACACGCGCCGAGAUUCGCCUCGCGUUCUGCGUUGUUCUGGCGAUUCUCGUGACGGCGAGCGGACAAGCUGUUACCGGCAUCGCGACAACACCUUCUGCUACGACAACAGCUACGCCAACAGCUACGACAAUAGCUGCGACAACAGCUACGACACCAUCUGCCAACAGCACGACGCUAUCACCGAGCGACCCGAGAGCCCAGACCGGCAUUGGAGCUUGUACGCCGUCGCAGGAUGCGUACUUCACGGAUGAAAAUGGACGCUACCGGCAAGACGGGUUUCGCCCCGGUGGAUGUUGGCAAUUACCGUUAUCGGAAAACAUCUCGCGACUGAGAGAGGUUGAGUACGAAGGAUAUGAUGGCUGGUAUAACAACGUGGCUCACCCGGAGCUUGGCGGAGCCGACUCAGCACUGAUACGCAUACUACCGCCAGCCUACUCUGACGGGUCAUAUCACCCGUCGGGACAAGACAGACCGAAUCCGUUCAAAAUCAGUGAGGCCGUGUUUAGAGGCGAGACAGGAUUCCAAUCAUCGAACAGCAAGACAGCGCUCUUGGUUUUCUUCGGCCAGCAGGUGGUGGAAGAGAUUCUAGAUGCACAGGCGCCGGGGUGUCCGCCCGAAUACUUCAACAUUCCCGUUCCCGUAGACCACCCACACCUAAAUCCCAACAAUUUCUCCAGCUUCGAGAUGCCUCUGCUGCGAUCACGCUACGACAUGAGAACAGGCUUCUCUCCUAACAACCCACGGCAACAGCUGAAUGAAAUCACCCCGUACAUGGAUGGUGGCCUAACCUACGGCGUGACGAAGGCGUGGGCAGACUCGUUGAGGGAGUUUGAAGGAGGCCGACUAGCGCGCGACACGAGUGAAAGCAUCAACGUACCCGUAAGAAACACGAUUCGUCUUCCAAUGGCGAAUCCACCGCCUCCCAGAGACCACCCGCAGCUGAAGAAUGUCAACCGCUUCUGGAGGCUGGGAAACCCUCGUGGAGACGAGAAUCCGUUCCUGCUGACAUUCGGCGUGCUCUGGUUUCGCUGGCACAACUACCUGGCGCAUCAGUUCCAGGCGCGACACGUCGACGAGCCGGAGUGGACGGACGAGCGCAUUUUCAACGAGGCGAGGAAGUGGGUGAUCGCCACUCACCAGCACGUUGUCAUGUACGAGUGGCUGCCGUCAUGGCUGGGACCCGAGAACAGCCUCGAUCCUUACACAGGUUACCACGCGGAGCUUGAUCCGGGCAUCAGCGCCGUAUUUCAAUCGGCAGCUAUGAGGUUUGGUCACACUCUCGUCCCACCCGGAGUCUACCGCAGGAAUUCCAACUGUGAGUUUCGUGUAACGACUAUGAAAACUGGAACACAGGAUGCAUCAGGUCACAAGGGAUUACGAACUUGCAAUACCUUUUGGAAUCCUCAGGAGAGCAUUAGGGAGAAUGACAUUGAUGAACUCUUGUUGGGGAUGGCCUCGCAAGUGACGGAGCGAGAAGACAACAUAAUAACACCGGAUCUGCGAGGAUUCGUGUUUGGCGGCCUUGAAUUUAACCGGAGAGAUUUAAUGGCCGUCAACAUUCAGAGAGGAAGAGACCACGGAUUGACGGACUAUAUGUCUGCUCGCCGGCAUUUUAACCUGCCAGCGUGGGACAACUUUGAGGACUAUUUUAAUGCCACCUACCUAGACGACAAUGGAGUUGAGGUUCCGCGAUUUCCCCUCUUCCACGCCGGACCGCAGCGGAAUUUGAGCGAGGCACUGGAGCUUAGGCAGAGAGUCGAGGACGUGUUUGAUGGACGCACUGACCAAAUGGACAUCUGGCCUGGAGGAAUGUUGGAGACGAGAGAGACUGGACCGGGAGAGCUGUUCACCGAGUGACCCCUGCGCGGCGUCAUAUCCGGGUCAGAUGCAGGAGAGCGGUCUCGCCGCUUGCACGUCUUUGCAGCAGUUUGACUUUUUCAGCGGUAGCGAAAUUUCCUACGCUCUCACCUUUCUCGCCGUUGGUCUGUUUGGCGUCGGCUGCGUCAUGAUGUUGGUGUUCCUUGCAAAACGGAAGGAGCGGCGGGUGGCAGAGCAGCGCAAGAUGGUGCAAGCCUCCCUGCGGAAGAAGAAAUCCGACGAUAGCCUUAUCCCAUGUACGGAGUGGCAGGGGCACAGGGAGGGCGAGCGCACUGUGCAGGUGCGACUAGGACCGGGUAAGGUGAUCACGAUACUCAACGAGCGCGGAAAAACACAGCGAACCAUCGACAUGUCACGUGUGCAGAGCGUGAUGCUGCUAGUCGCCGCUGACCAACACCAGAAAAUGGUCGCCAUUAAGAUCGCACGCGAAUACGACCAGAUACUUAAGCUGCCUAACGUCGCGAUGAGGACGGAUUUCAUCGGGCGAUUGGAAUCCUUCCUCGGUGAGACGGGCAUCGGACGCGAGCGGCGAGAGAUGAAGCAAGAGCAGAUUUUCAAGAUGGCGUUCACGAAGCUAGACCGACAGCUGCAGCUCGAGAAGUUCUUCCGCGUCGCAUUUGCGCAGGUAAAAACAACGCGGUCACCUGAAGCUAAGGCAAAACUACUGUUUGAUAUGUAUGAUAUCAGCCAGGAUGGACACAUGUCGAGAGAAGAAUUUCGAAACAUGCUCAGGUCUUUCAUGGAACUUGCCAACGAGAAGCUGGCCAACGCGGAGAUUGACCAGGUGAUCGACUCGAUGUUCAAGAGCAGCGGUCUGACCGAGAAACAGGCGAUCACGUUCGACGACUUCCAGAAGCUUCUGUCCGGACAUCAGGAUGUUCUCAACUACGCAACACUGAAUUUCGAAGGAGCUGGCGUGGACAUGCCAAAGGCAGCGGGAAGAGAAGGGGCGCGCGACAACGCAACCACGCGCGCACGUAAGACCAUCAUCCGAGCGUACAGUAAAGAGGGUCGAAGCAAGAGUACAGCGGCACCCAGUGCCAGCAGUCAGCUGAAGGUGGAAACACAGAAACAGAAGUUUGAGAAGAACCGGGUACAGAACCGAAUCAACGCCUUCGUCCGCUUCGUUGAGAAUCAUCGCAUGCACAUCUUCUGGUUCAGUCUCUACACCCUCGUCACUAUCGGCGUCUUCGCCGAGCGAGCCUACUAUUACUCCGUGGAAAGAGAGCAUGCCGGUUUGCGGCGCAUCGCCGGCUACGGUGUGACGAUUACACGUGGCGCCGCCAGCGGCAUGAUGUUCACCUACUCGUGUCUUCUCGUCACCAUGAGCCGAAACACAAUCACCUUCUUCAGGGAAACGUUCCUGCACCGAUUUAUUCCGUUUGACUCUGCUAUAGCGAUGCACAAGUACAUCGCAUUCUGGGCCUUGCUCUUCACCGUAUUCCAUGUUAUUGGUCAUGCAAUCAACUUUUACCACAUAUCGACGCAGACUGCCAACGACCUUACGUGUCUCUUCCGGAACUUUUUCCAUGCGACACAUGAACUUCCUAAGUUCCACUACUGGUGCUGGGGCACAAUCACAGGCUUCUCCGGCGUGCUCGUCACUCUCGUCGUCAUCCUCAUCUACACGUUCGCGAUCCAGUACUCGCGUCGGCACGUGUUCAAGUGGUUCUGGGCGACGCACAACCUCUACGUCGUCAUGUACAUCCUCAUGUUCAUUCAUGGCGCCGGCAGGCUCGUGCAGAACGGCUUCUUCUUCUACUUCUUCCUCGGGCCGGGCAUUCUCUUCACACUCGACCGGCUCGUCAGCAUCAGCAGAAAGAAAAUCGAGAUCGCUGUCAUCAAAGCUGAAAUCCUGCCAUCUGAUGUCACUGCUCUCACGUUCAAGAGACCUCAGAACUUCGAGUAUCGAUCUGGUCAGUGGGUGCGCAUUGCGUGCGUGACGCAGGGUAGGAACGAAUACCAUCCGUUCACGCUGACGUCGUCACCGCACGAGGAACAUCUGACCCUGCACAUCAGAGCUGUGGGACCAUGGACCAUCAACUUACGGUCAACAUACGAUCCAAAUGUCAUCAGAGAACACUCCUAUCCAAAGCUAUACUUGGACGGGCCGUACGGUGAAGGGCAUCAGGACUGGUACAAGUUCGAGGUAGCCGUCCUAGUUGGCGGUGGCAUUGGUGUGACACCAUUCGCCUCGAUUCUUAAAGACCUCGUUUCAAGGUCCAGCGUUAGCACAAACUUCGCUUGCAAAAAGGUGUAUUUCCUGUGGGUGACGAGGACACAGAAGCAGUUUGAGUGGAUGACAGAUAUCAUUCAGGACGUAGAGAACAACGACACUAGGGGACUCGUCUCCACCCACAUUUUCAUCACACAGUUCUACCAGAAGUUUGACCUACGCACAACGAUGCUGUACGUCUGCGAGAGCCACUUCCAGAAGAUAUCCGGCCGCAGUCUCUUCACGGGUCUGAAAUCCAUCACUCACUUCGGCAGACCUCAGUUCGCCUCCUUUCUCAACUCACUGCAGGAUGAACAUCCAGAGGUGGCUAAAAUCGGUGUGUUCAGCUGUGGUCCACCACUAAUGACGAGCUCCGUCGACAACGCAUGCGCCGAACUAAACACGCAAGAUGGCGCUGCGUUUUUGCAUCACUUUGAGAACUUCUAGAUAUGUCGCUUGAUAACGCGAUAGACGUAUUAUAUUCGUUUAUGUUAUCGAUACAUCCUAUAAUUAUUAUGUCCUUAAAUAUACGUAAUGCAUGAAAAACAAUGGACAAUUUAAAUUACGCUCUUAGUCUAUAAUCAGAGUAAUACUUGGCCCUUGUCUGUAUCUUAGCAUAAUAUCAUAACUACUUCAGAAGAUAUAUUUUUUCCUUGGCCAUAUAGAUUUAAACAAUAGCACGUGAUUUAAUCACCUAAGCGGUAGCAAGUGAAUACAAUAUGAUUAAUUUAGCAUACCGAGUAAUAAAACUGUGGAUCGAAAUAGUG